UCCGCCGCCCCCCCCGGACCUCCUCUGGCCGCUCGAGAUGGCUGCGUGACCUGUCACCUGCUCCUUCCGCAGAACCCGGACAUCGCCGUUACCGACAACGUGCUUUAUUUCAAAGCUCAGGGACAUGGUGCCAAGGGGGACAACAUCUACGAGUUUCAGAUCGAGUUCCUAGAACCAGUCGAGCCUAAACCCCGAUACAAGGUGACUCAAAGGCAGCUGAACAUCACCGUGCAGAAAAAAGAGAGUAACUGGUGGGAGCGACUCACCAAGCAAGAGCAGCGCCAGCUCUUCCUAGCUCCUGACUUCGAUCGCUGGCUAGAUGAGUCGGAUGCUGAAAUGGAACUCAGGGAGAAGGAAGAAGAAAAGAUUAACAAAAUGAAAAUAGAAUCCAGAGUCCCAAAAGACCCUUUCAAACACCUGAAGAAAGGAUACUUAAUCAUGUAUAAUCUUGUUCAGUUUUUGGGAUUCUCUUGGAUUUUUGUGAACAUGACAGUACGACUGUUCAUCUUAGGAAAAGAUUCCUUCUAUGAUACAUUUCACACGGUUGCUGACAUGAUGUAUUUCUGUCAGACUCUGGCGUUCAUGGAGAUCCUGAAUUCACUAGUGGGACUAGUCAGAUCACCACUGAUACCUGCUGUAAUCCAGGUAUUUGGAAGAUUCUUUAUUUUGUUUGUUGUCCUUGGAAGUUUAGAGGAAAUGCAGAACAAAGCUGUGGUGUUCUUCAUAUUUUAUUUCUGGAGUAUCAUUGAGCUGUUCAGGUAUCCCUAUUAUAUGCUUUCGUGCAUCGGUAUUGAAUGGAAACCACUAACCUGGCUCCGUUACACCAGCUGGAUCCCUCUCUACCCUUUGGGAUCCUUGGCAGAGGCUGUCUGUAUCGUUCAAUCCAUUCCAAUCUUCAGUGAAACAGGGAAAUUCAGUCUGGCGUUGCCAAAUCCACUGAACGUCACAAUCCAGUUUUCAUUCUUGCUUCAAGUAUACCUUAUAGCCUUAUUUUUAGGGCUAUUUGUAAACUUCCGUCAUCUCUACAAGCAAAGGAGAAAGCACCUUGGACCAAAGAAGAGAAAGGUGAAGUAAAGGAAGACUGCACUGCUUUCUUAUCUAAAUUAUCUCAGUGCUAAGACAAGCCUCUAAUUCUUCUUAUGGUUUUACCCACUGCAAUGUAAAGAAUUUUGUAAAGUUAAAUCAUAUUAGAUUUCAUAGUGAAUUCGGGUAACGUUCCCAUAUACUAUAUUUUGUUCCGUCUCAAUCAUACGUAUGCAUGGCAUUUAUCAUUGAACAGAAACAUUUAAACUUGUAUCCCAUCAACUACCAUAUUAGCAAGAAAUCCUAUUAUCUGCAUAUAAUAUGCUUAUAAGCAGUGGAGCAGCACUAAAUAGAAAUAGUGUUUAUCUUUUAAUUGGAUAUUUGCUCUUUCAAUAUUGCAUGCAGAUAGGGCUUCUGAUGUUGGGAUAUAGUAUUAGCUGGCCCAUGCUGUUCCUAGGGUGCCAUCGCGAUGGCAGGAGGAGCAGGGUCUGAGACCACUACGAACAGUGUUUGGGUGCUUAUUAAUGGUUGGGAUAAAUCUGCUCUACUCCCCUCCCUCUCUUUCUGAAGCAUGCUGCUGCUAAAUUUAAACUGGAAGUACUGAUGACAGAUUACAUGCUACUAACUUGCUCUGUUUCUAGUUUAGUCUUAACGGAAUAGGAGCACUAUGUGGACCCCAGCAACACCUGUUUAGCAGGAUAAAUCCUACCCAGGCAUUAGGGAAAGGAAGCUGCCACCCUGUCACACGGCCAGCAAUGCUUUCCUCAUUGAUAAUGCAAGCACUGAAAUAUAGCAAGACAAGAAAAGAAUACAUGGGUAUGAGCUUACUCUUAGCAUGUAAACCCCAGCAGAACUCUGUCCACUGAUGCAGAGGGAAAAACAUCUCAUGAGAGUGGGAGACGCACACAAACCUGGAACUGUCCCAGGAGGGUGGGCCCCUCUGCUCCUUUCAGUCAGGGCUGAAGCUCCUGUAUUUAUAGCCUUCUGACAGGCAGUAAGGAUUGUUUUUCUACUGCUUAAAUUUAGGAGCGUAGCUGAGAAAUUGGCAUAUAUGCUUUGUUAGACAGCCCUGGUGAAUGGAGUGGUGGGUCUAAUAAACCAUGGAUUAUUUUGAUACCUUGUACCAAAUCUUAGCAAGGGAGAUCCCCCUCAGGGCUUGAAGGGACCCUUUUCCCUCUGUUUGCUGUAAACCACCAAAAAAAAAAAAGGAGAGGAAAUCCCCACCCCCAUGUUCUAGGUCAUCUGUUCUCCUAUGUGGAAACAUUUGUUUCAGUUGGUUUCAUUUCCAGAUGUGCUUCCUCACACCUAGCUUCCCCUAGUUGAUUCCAGAGCCCUCUUGCCUCCUUAAUCCAGUUUAGAAAAAGUACAAUAAGCUUGUUCUAAAACAAUGUUGUGAAGGAACAGGCUGCAUCGUGACUGCCAUUGCCCCCUGGGCAAUGCAAAGCAAUGCCAGCAACCCAGAACAGGCACUGAAGCCGAGAUUAGCUUAGUGCCAUCUCACUGUUUUGAGUUACUUUUUUUCUACUGUAAAACAAGAUGAAUCCUAUAGAAAAUUAAGUAUUUUCGAUGCUUAAACAUAACAAACAGCUUGCUUACUACUUGGGACCUGGCCCCAGUGAUUGUUACUGUGAAGAUAGAGCAAUUGCGCUAUAAUGAGAUUUUUAACAAAGAACUGCUACAAGCUGCACACUGCAUUUCACAAAUGUGUUUUUGUCAACAAGUGGCAUGAUGCAGUUGCUUUUUGGAGACCUCACUCAAGGGCUUACUGUCAAAGGAGAGUGCAGAUAGGUUCACUCAGAGUUGAGCAUUACUCAAACACUGUUUCCCCACAGUGCACACUGUACUUACGUAUGUUUGGCGUGUGUCAAGGGACCAAAUAGUUGAGCAUUGGAAUAGCAGGGAUCACUUUCAUACGUUAAUUAAUUUCUCCACUGGGCAUUUAAACUUAUGUCAUAAAAUCUGUAUGUACUCAUACGUGAUACUUCUCAGUGAAAUUGUGGUACCUGGUGCAAGCUGUCAUGGAUCUUACACUACUGAGUUCAUUAGUCCUUCAGAAAGAAUGUGUAUUUCUAUUAAUAAAGAUUUACA